AUGAGGAUCCCUUACACUGCGCCUCUACCGAGUCCGACCAUCUUUCCGGCGUCCGCAUCGACCGUCGACGGCGCAGUCGAAGCGCUUCAGAAUUUCCUUGCCGUUUCGCCUUCGAAAGCCUCAGACGACGACGCUCGCAAGACCUUGAUCCUUUCCGGCGCUGGAAUCUCGGUCGCGUCCGGUCUCGCCGACUACAGAGGCAGCCACGGCACCUACACGCUGAACAAGACUUAUCGUCCGAUCUAUUUUCACGAGUUCUCCGGAAACCACGAGGCGAGAAAGAGGUAUUGGGCGAGAAGCUUUCUGGGCUGGACAAAUCUGCACCGUAGCAAGCCCAAUGCCGCUCACCACGCUGUCGGCCAGCUCGGUGACUUGGGCAUCGUCAGCCGCGUCGUGACGCAGAAUGUGGAUUCCUUCCACAAUAAAGCACAUCCCAACUUGAGAACGCUCGAGCUGCACGGCUAUUUGAGGAGUACGGUCUGCCUGACCUGUCGGACGGAGUACGAUCGGGAUCGAUUCCAGGAUGAUCUCUCAAGACUGAAUCCGGCAUGGGCAGCUUUCCUCGCAGAGAUGCUGGAAAGCGGAGCGUUGACAACCGAAGAUCCGCAUGAGCGCCGAAGGCUUGGGCUGAAAACCAACCCGGAUGGUGAUGUGGAUGUUCCCGGUGUAGACUACAAUACCUUCAAAUACCCAGCCUGUCCCAAGUGCCUACAUGAUCCGAAGCUUUCUCGCCAAGGCGACAAAGUUCUCGUUGACGGAGAUGGGGCUUGGGCCGCAGGGUCGACUGCCGGAGUAUUGAAGCCCGCCGUCAUUAUGUUUGGAGAAUCGAUUCCGAAUCCCGUCAAAGCCGCUGCGGAGUCUGCAAUCGACGAGGCGAGCAGAUUGCUCGUGCUGGGCUCUUCACUUGCUACUUACUCGGCUUGGCGGAUUGCGAAGCGGGCGAGAGAACAGGGCAAACCGAUUGCGGCCGUGAAUAUGGGCGGAUUGAGAGGCGAGGAAAACUUCUUCGCAGAUGUACCGUUUCAUACCAACGGCAAGGAAGGCGUCCGAUGUGACCUACCACUGGAAACAACGAUGCCCGCCCUUGUAGAAAGCCUUACCCAUGCACAAAGACGUGGUCGAGUUUUUCAACCUGCGCCUUGGGCAUAA